AUGCCUCGAUAUCGUCCCGUCCUCUUCUCCCUCGCACUGCUGCUCAUCUCCGUCUCUGUCACCCUCCCCUUCCUCACCUUCCGCCUGCCGCCUCUCCAUCUCCCCGCCCUCGCUCGCCGCGACCUUCGCCGCUUCUUCCGCUCGCCUUUUAUUUCCCACCAGCAGCAGCAGCAGCAGCAGCCUUUCGAUUCUCGUUCACCUGAGCGUGUCGAACUUGAGAAGCCGUUUGAGGCUCGGCAAACCGAGCCUGUUAGAACCGAGCCGCCUUUGCACAAAGCCGUCGAUCUGGUGAGCGAUUCCGGACCAGGAAACGGCCGGCUCACGGUUAGCUCCGACCCUGGCGGGGAUCGCGGCGAUCUUUACGGGAACGCGCAACUGCUGGGAGAGCCGGGAUCAACGCCGAGCCGUGCGAGUGCUUCUGAGGCACACUCUUAUAACGAACGUUCUACUAACGGGUCUGCCGAAGGCCCUGAAGCUGCCAGGGGAGUUUCCAGCACAGAUGCAAGCAGCGCAGUCUCAGGGGCGCCAGAGUUGCCUGCCGAACCAAAAUCUGACGAUUCCGAAGCUGCGAGUUCAGGCUCGGUUGCAGGUGCAGAGGGUGAGUGCGAGAGUGCGCUGAUGGCGUGCCAGCAGCAGCAGGAGCUGAUGAAACUGGCCGGGGGAGGUGGGGAGGGAGGCGAGGGCGGCGAGGGGGGAGUGGGAGACAUGGUGCAGGAGCUGGCAGCCGGCAUGAAGAGCCUCGAUGCUUCCUUCCGCCUCGCGCUGUGGAAGGAGGAGCAUUGUCAGGCCAAUCAGAGCGCGCUGAGGUGGACCAACCAGAUGCUCCGGCAUGAUGUCACACACCUGAAGGCACAGCUGGCUGCGUGUGACAAGAGUGGGUGUUUGCACCUGAAGAAACACCUGAGAAAGCACCUGGAGCAGCAGUCAGGCGUUAUUGUAAACAAUUCUGAAGCGCUAGACAGGAGAGGGGUGAUGGGAAGCAGUGAGGAAGAGGAGGGAGGAAGCAGUCACACAGGCAGGGGGACAAGGCACGAUGAGAGAAGGGACAAAAGUAGGAGUGCGGGCGAGCGAGGGGGAGAGGAUGGCAGGCAGAGUAAGGGGCUGGAGGGGGAGGAAAGGGCGGAUGGCGUGAGUGAGGAUGCGUAUGGGGGCAGGAGAGGCGGUAGUAAGGACGCGGGGUGGGGAGGUGGGGAAGAUGAGGAGGGAAGUGGCGGUGAGGAUGAUGAGGGCAGGAGCGGUGGCAUGGGUGAGAGUGCGCGUGCGCUGAUGGUGCUGUGGGAGGCCGCCCCCUCCCUGGGGCUGCGGGAUGUGCGUUCUGCCGCUGUGCAGCAUGCUCUCACACAGCUCAGACGCGCUGUGGUGGCACAGGGGGGAGAACCGGUGGGGGAAGUGGGGACUGCACAAGGGGAGGAGGGGGAGGGUAAGGAGAUGAACGUGGGAGUGCAGCAAGCAAAGAGACAACCAGAUGCUUUGGGUGGGGCAGGAGAGAGUGUGGGAGGGGCAGGGGAGGAGGCGUGGUUGAGUGAGGAGGAGGAGCAGCGGCUGGUGCCUGCCGCACCCCAUGUGGACCACUGUGCCUCUCUCGCCACUGAUAUCAGCCUUCUGGAUUCGCGGUCUGCUGACGGGGAGCUUCCGGAUUGGUCGCUUUGGGGCGGCAGGUUGGGACUGGUGGCACGGCGGUUGGAGGAGCGGGAGAGGGAGAAGGUGAGGAGGGAGAGAGAAAGGGAAGGAGAGGGGCGUGCAGGCAAGGAAACAGAGGAAGUGGGAGGCGGAGAGAGGAUGGGAGAAGUAAAGGGAGAGGAAGAGGAAGAGGGAAGGAAGGCGGAAGGUGCGGCGGUUGUGGCGGAGGCAGAGGGGCAGUUGGAGGAGGAGGAGCAGGCGCGGGCAGUGCAGCAUGAGGCGAUGCGGUUACAGGCACAGGAGAGGAUGCAGGAGAGGCAAGGGGCGCGCGAGGAGCAGGCGGAGGUGGCGGCGUGGAUGGCGACAGCACGGGACGAGCAGCUCAUGGGGGACCACAGGGGGGCUGUCCUCGGGCCCUACCCCCCCUGGGUGAGUGCUGUGGCACGUGCCAUGUGUAGCACCCCCGUGACUGCAGCAGCUCGAUUCCUCUCCAUCUGCUAUGCAUGCCGCACUCCCUCCACCCCCCUACCCACCAUCCUUCAGGUAUCAGGUGCGGACGAGGACAAUCUGCCCAUGACGCGGCGGGCCCAGAGGGACCUCUGGGUGCACCAGCACCCGCGGGACUGCUCGCACCCGUCUGUCAAGUUCCUGGUCGUGGACGUGCUCAGGAAGGUCCGCGGAAGCUUCCUGGGCGUGGGGGCGCAGGUGAACUGGCUGGCGGGCGUGCUGGGGACGGCUGUGGUGGAGGGGCGCGUGCUGGUGGUGCGCCACUACCAUAGGGCGGCGCACGAUGGGUGCCAUGGUGGGUUGCGUUGCAGUAACCAAGGGAGAGAGGAGAUUGUAAGGGAAGCGUGUCGACAGGUGUGCAUCGAGGCCGCUGGUCAUGCUACUUUGUCCCUGAGACCUCCUCUGAGUGCCGCGGCCACGCCCUGCAGCUGCUGCACGCAUCCCGGCCCACCCUCUCCUCCCCCAGCAAUGCCUCUCCCACCAAUAACACUGGCGAUGCUGCUGCCGGUUGGGAUGGCUGCCACCUACCUCAUGCGCUACCCCUCCCCUUGUCUCUGCCGCCUCCUCAAUCGCGCCCGCCACCGUGCCUUCAGCCCUGCCCUCGCCGCCCGGGCAGCCCGCUUCCUGCCCUCCAAUUGGCCGAAAACCGUCGAGCAGCUGCCCGAUCUCACCUCUCGAAACGCCCUGGGCAGCGAGGGGAAAAUCGAGGAGAUAUGGCAGGCAGCAAGUGGCGGCGCUAUAGGCGGCACAGGGGCACUGUCAGGAACGGGAGCGUACCGAGCAGCAGGGGGGUAUGUGCCAGAGGGGCUGGUGGCGGUGCAUGUUCGGCAGGGCGACAAGGCGGGCGAGAUGGCGAUGGCGGGGGUGGACGUGUACCUGGCGCUGCUGGGCCGUGUGAGACGGCAGUUCCCCCAUGCCGACUCCGUGUGGCUCAGCACUGAGAUGCAGGCAGUGGUGGAUGCCGCCAAGCACUACACGCAGUGGCGCUUCCACACCACUGACUUCCCCCGGCAGGCUCUACCUCCCCCUCCUCCUCCCCUGCCCCGUGCCUUCCUCCUCCGCCCCACACAGGCAGUGGUGGACGCCACCAGGCACUACACGCGUUGGCGCUUCCACGCCACCGACUUCCCCCGCCAGGCGGCAGGCGAGAGCAUGGACGCAUACGACGCGCGCGUGGGGGAGCAGCGCGCCACCGACAACGCCUACGUGAACCUCCUGAUCUCCGCCGAUGCGCCCUUCUUCGUGGGCACCAUGGGGUCCACGUGGUCCGUGCUCAUUGAUAACCUCCGGGUGGCGGGGCGCGGCAAGGCACGGGUGGGCAUGCUGAGUGUGAACCGGGACCGGUACUGGUUCGGGGAGACGUGGGAGGUAUGGAGGGACCUGUACAGGAAUAUCACGGUGUAG